AUGUACAGGGAAGAUUUCAGGACCAUGGUUGAAGAGCCUAGGAACAGCAGUGACCCCUCUGCCUUCGCUCACACCGACACCAUGAGCGCCAUACUGAUCACUGCCUAUUCAGUUGCCCUUGCUGGAGGCGGGCUUGGGGCCAUCAUGAUGUCAUUUGUGCUGGUCAAGAUGAACACUCUGUCUGUGACCACUACAGCCAUCAUUAACCUGGUCGUCGUGCACAGCCUCCUCCUCUUCACAGUGCCCUUCCGCCUGCACUACUACGUCAGCAAGAGGUGGGCAUUCAAGAUGCCCCUGUGCAAACUGGUGAGCGCCAUGGUGCACAUCCACAUGUACCUGACCUUCCUGUUCUACGUGAUCACGCUGGUGAUCCGCUGGCUCAUCUUCUUUCAGUGGAAGGACAAGGUGGAGUUCUACAGGAAGCUGCACGCCAUGGCGGCCAGCGCUGCCGUCUGGCUCUCUGUCAUGAUCUUUGUGGUGCCGGUCCUGUACUUUGAGUAUGGGCGCUCCGGCUCCUACAAUGACACAACGUGCUUCAAGUUCCACAAAGAGCUGCAGCAGGAGAGUGUGAAAGCCCUCAACUACUUCAUAAUUGUAGCUGCUACCUGCAUUACUUGUGCCCUCUUGGUCCUGCAGAUUUUCAUCCUGGUAAAAGUGGCAAGAAAACUUUCCACCUCUCUCUGGUCUCACCAAGAGUUCUGGGCCCAGGUGAAAAACUUGAUCUUCAUCUGUGUCAUCAUCAUUUGCUUCCUUCCCCAUCACCUUUUUAGGGCCUACUACAUACAGCAUGUGAAUGAUUUUCACCACUUAGAAAGCUACAAUGAAGUUUUUCUGAGUCUGACUGCCCUCAGCUGCCUGGACCUGCUGUCAUUCGUGCUGAGUGGGAGCCGCCUCUUUAAGCAAAAGGUGGUCAUGCUCCGCAGCAGGUUGUCGUGCUGCUAG